AUGUCUGAAAUCACAUUGUUCACAGACUCUCGAUUUCCUUGUCCCCAGAGAUUGCGCCUCGUGAUCCAACAACUAGGGGUACAGCUCAAAGACAUCAAGGAAAUUGACAUUCUCAAAGCCGAGCACAAAACUCCGGAAUUCAAGAAAUUGAACCCUUCAGGUGCCGUUCCAUGUGUUCGAGAUGAUCAAGACAAUCCACCUCUAUGUCUCAGCGAGUCUCGGGCCAUUGCUAGAUAUCUAGCGAGUCGAUACCGUCACGACGGUGAUUAUUCCGAUGCAUUGGUUCCGGAUCCCAAUAAUUUCGUGGAACUGGCCAAAUUUGAAGAAGGCGCAUCAAUUGAGUUGACAGCCUUUGACGCCGCUGCCAACAAGUUGGUUUUUGAGGAGUAUUUCAAGCCAAAAUUCUUCAACCAGAAACCUGACCAGCCCGUGGCUGAGUCUUUGAGAGUUCAACUUGACAGAGUAUUUGGGAUCCUGGAAACGAGGCUGUCAAGCCAGCCCUAUAUGGCGGGCAUGAAACUCACAAUUGUUGACCUGUUUUAUUUACCAUACAUGUUCCAUCUAACUAGAGAAGUCUGGCCUUCUUGCCUAGAAAAUCGGCCAAACUUGCAAUCGUGGUGGAACAAAAUGACAAAGCUGGAUGCCUUUCAAGCUGUCCUGGUAGAUCCAUUUGCUACAUAA